AUGGCGGCGGUCAGCGUUUCGCUGGCGCUGGCGCUGGCGGCGGGCGCGGUGGUGCUGGCGGCGAUGCUGUGGCGGCGGCGGGCGCUGGCGGCGGGCGGGGCUGGGCGGGUGUGCGUGGUCGUGCUGGGAGACCUGGGCCGCAGCCCGCGGAUGCAGUACCAUGCGCUUUCGCUCGCCCGGCACGGACGGGACGUGGCGCUGCUGGGUUACCUCCAGAGCAGGCCGCACGGCGAUGUGCUGCGGAGCGGGAGGAUACGGCUGGUGCCUGUGUCUGACCUGCAGGCGCUGAGAGUUGGCCCAAAGCUUUUCCAGUAUGUCCUGAAAGUCAUUGUCCAGGCAAUACAAUUGCUGUACACCAUGCUGAAGCUAGAGCAGCCAUCCUAUAUUCUUCUUCAGAACCCUCCAGGCCUGCCUGGCAUUGCUGUUGCCUGGGCAGCCUGUCUCUUCUGGAGAAGCAAACUGAUAAUUGAUUGGCACAACUAUGGAUUUACUCUAAUGAGUCUGACUCAUGGAAGAAACCACCCCCUGGUACAAGUUGCCAAAUGGUAUGAAAAGCUGUGUGGGCGUUUGUCUGACCAUAACCUGUGUGUCACUAAUGCCUUGAAGGAAGAUCUGUGGGUGAAUUGCAACAUCAGGGCAGUGACACUGUAUGACAAGCCAGCUGCUUAUUUUAAGGAAACACCUUUAGAACUUCAGCAUCAUUUGUUCCUGAAGCUUGCCAAGGACCAUGAGCCUUUCAGAGCAGGUAUUACAGAGUCUGUCAGCUGGAGUGGGCAGAGCUCUGCUUUCACAGAAGUGGAUGAGAAAAGUGAAGAGGUGACCAAAGCCAGAGGCCGCCCAGCUCUCCUCAUCAGCAGCACGAGCUGGACAGAGGAUGAAGACUUUUCAGUCCUUUUAAAAGCUUUGGAAGGUUAUGAACAUGCCAUCAGUGAGGGAGCCAAGCUUCCAUCUCUGGUCUGUGUGAUAACAGGGAAAGGACCUCUCAAGGACUACUACAAUGGCCUGAUCCAUCAGCUGCACUUUAAACACAUCCAGAUCUGCACACCCUGGCUGGAAGCUGAGGAUUAUCCCCUUCUGCUUGGCUCAGCAGACCUUGGAGUGUGUCUGCACAGAUCAUCCAGUGGGUUGGAUUUACCCAUGAAGGUGGUGGACAUGUUUGGCUGCUGCUUACCUGUCUGUGCCAUCCACUUUGAAUGCUUACAUGAACUUGUGAAGCAUGAGGAGAAUGGGCUGGUGUUUAAGGACUCCAAGGAACUUACAGAACAACUAAAGAUGCUUUUCUUGGGCUUCCCCUCACUGGAAGGCAAACUUCAGAGCUUCAGAGAAAACCUCAGAGCCUCCAAGCAGCCCUGCUGGGAUGAGAGCUGGGACCAGACUGUGCUUCCCCUGCUUGGGCACAGAGAGUGACUUUCUGGGGGGGGAGAAGAGGGUGACAGAAAAGCUGAAACAUUCCUGGGGCUGCCUAGAUGUGAUAAA